UCAAAGACAGUGAACAGCUAGGAUACGAGUUGUCUGCGAUCAGAAGUCGAGGAACAAGCGCCGAGCGAGGUCGGUACCGAUCACCUCAUUGAGUCCCUCUUCGUGGGCCUCACAACACUGGUCUGACCACUAAUCGUCUUCCUCCACUGUUUCGUGAUUAUCCGUCGCGUGUGCAGUGACACUUCUGCGAUAAACAAUUGAUAAAAUAAAGAAUUGACAGUGGGAGACUGCGCUGUCGGCCUUCAAGAUGAUCGAUAGGUCUGUUACGGUGAGCGUACACUUCGUGGUUUUUUACCUGUUGACCACGUGUUGCUGGGGUGGACUGCAGUUUGACACGUUUGACAGUUACUCCGGUGAUGAGGGCUGUGCUCUGAUUCUCAAUGGCCCAGGGAGGUCUAACGCUUACGAUUAUACUUAUAAUUUACUCAGGGGACGAGAGACACCCUCCGCAGGUUCCCAUACCUGCAUCACCUACGACGCUGUUAAUCGUGCCUAUUAUGACGCACGAAAGCGAAUCAAUGUUGCUCAGCCGCACUCGAAGAUCUGGAAACCCGAGGAAUUGGCGACCGUUGGAGAACUCCUUCUGGACAUUUCCACGACAUUAGCACAGGUAUAUGGAUUGACAAGUGAAGAGAUCGAACGGGAUCUCCCGAAAAUCGACACCUCGAAGACACUCAUUCAGGACAUCUGUCCAGCUUUCGUCAGUAACGUCGAGUGUCGUCCAGGAAAAUACCGCAGAUUUGACGGUCUCUGUACCAAUCUCGAGAAUCCGACCUGGGGAUCUUCGCUCUCGCCCUUCACCAGGAUGAUGACUCCAGCUUUUGCCGAUGGAAUGAGUGCCCCAAGAGUAUCCGUUACCGGUGGUAAACUUCCUUUGUCGCGUGUUGUGUCCAGGACUAUGCACCCUGACGAUGGUUUUCACGACCACGCUGGAACAGUCAUGGUUAUCGCCUGGGGACAAUUUAUGGAUCACGACUACACAUUAACUGCAACACCACUCGACCCCAUGAAUCGAAACGACCCCGAGGAGUGCUGUUCCCGUCCGCCCCAUCGCAAAAAUCCGUACUGCAACGAAAUUGAAAUACCAGAAGACGAUUAUUUCUACCGAUUGUUCAACGUCAGGUGCAUUGACUUUGUCAGAGCCUUCCCCGGAGUGAGGGCGGGCUGUCGUCUCGGGUCACGAGUGCCGUUUAAUCUUCUCACUGGAGUUCUCGAUGGCAAUACUGUCUACGGAAUUCGCGAGGAAUUCGCCCGAAAAUUGAGAUCAGGCUAUGGUGGACAACUCCGGAUGAAUCCCGUAUUCGCUGAGUACGGACUGAAGGAUUUAUUACCCCUGAAGUUGGACAUUCCGGACGAAGGCUGCACCCGUCCCAACAAAUCCAUGUAUUGCUUCGAAGCUGGUGAAAUUAGAGUUAAUGAACAGCUUGUGCUCACUUGUAUGCACACACUUAUGGCCCGUGAGCAUAACAGAAUAGCGAAGGGACUGGCCCAAGUGAAUCCACACUGGGACGAUGAGACCCUCUUCCAGGAGUCCAGGCGCAUCACCAUCGCGCAAAUUCAACACGUCACAUACAACGAAUUCCUUCCUAUUCUAUUGGGAAAGGAAGUCAUGACGAAAUUCGGACUUCUCCUGGAGAAAAACAAUUACUGGGACGGCUAUGAUCCAAGUGUUAAUCCUGGAGUAAUCGACGCAUUCGCCGCGGCGGCCUUCAGGUUCGGUCACUCCCUGCUGCCCACAGCUGUUGAAAGAUGGAGCAAAGCGCAUAAAUUCAUCGCUUCUAAGAGGCUGUCCGAUCUUAUCCGAAGGCCCUAUGAUCUUUACCGCGCCGGUGUUAUCGAUGAGUAUUUCAUGGGACUGAUGAAUCAAGUGGCGCAAGCUAUGGAUGACUCCAUCACACAAGAGGUCACGAACCAUUUGUUCAAGAAAGUCGGAGCCCGGUUCGGUGCCGACCUCGUCUCCUUUAAUAUGCAGCGGGGAAGGGAAUUCGGUGUCCCCAGUUACAUGGAAUUCCGGAAAUUAUGUGGACUCUCGGAGGCGCAUAAUUUUGAGGACCUCUUUGGCUCGAUGUCCAAUGAAACGAUCAGACGUUACAGUUCGAUAUUCAUGCACCCCAGUGAUGUCGACCUGUGGUCAGGAGGUGUCUCAGAACGUCCACUUCCUGGGAGUAUGCUGGGGCCAACCUUUGCCUGCAUUAUCGCGACGCAGUUCAGUAAUUCGAGACGAGGCGACCGAUUUUGGUAUGAACUGCCCAAUCAACCGUCGUCAUUCACUCUCGGUCAGUUGAAUGAAAUUCGGAAGGCGCGGUUGGCUAGGCUCAUCUGUGACAACACUGAUCUCAUUGACACGAUACAAUUGUAUCCGAUGGUCCUUCCUGAUCACGAAAUAAACCCCCGAGUUGCCUGCAAAAGUGGCGUACUCCCCAGCAUUGAUUUCAACAAGUGGGCUGAGUAUCCAACCAGUCGUGCUGCCCAAUACGUGAGUAAUCUAGCGGAUCAGUAUGGGCACUUUGGAAAGUAAGAGAAGGUCCUCCGUCACGAGUUCUGGGUUAAUCAGACAUAUAGAACACUUUGAGAAUGGAUAAUCGUGCGCAGUUGAACACGUAAAAUAGCCCCUGCGUUGUUGUUUCCCUUAGGUUCCUAAGAAUUUUUCAAGAUGAGGUCAAAUGGAAACUCUAGACUUUUUUUAGAUUCCCAUUGAGAAAAAAGUACUUUAUUGUCACGGCAGAAAGAAAUAAAUUAAUUAUUUAUCUGAAUGAAUUAUUAAUUAUUUAUUUUCGAGGAAAAAUUGAAUAAAGAUCUGACGUUUGAAUGAAGUUUAGUGUCCAUUUUGCCUCAUCGUCCCCUAAAUUUAAAUAUUGAGUAGAAUAUCGCACAAAAGUCACAGGAUUUUUAUUAUUUACUCUUCUGAAUAAGAUUAAGUUUUUCGAGACUAAAAGGCAGACCGCCUGAGAGUCACAAUAACUCGACUAUUCCCCUCUAAUUGAUAAGAACGUUCGUUACAUCCAGUCUAACGUAAUUCGAAUGAAAAUUGUUACACAAUAUUCAUGUCGAUUGAUUGACGCGACGUCAUUGAGACUUUCGAUUUUUUAUCAACACACAGAAAAAACAAGUGGUAAAAUACGAGAUUUAAAACGUAAAUGUAAAAUGUAAAUUACGUUUUAAAAAAAAUUGCGAUUUCUAAAACGUAAUUUACGUUUUAAAAAUCGUAAACUACGUUUUCAAAAUUUCGUUUUAAAUCUCGUAUUUUACGAUUAGUUUGUUUUGUGUAAACAACGUCGACAAGGUGUCUAUGUGCCAUGGUACCGCCGACGGCUAGACAACAUCAUUUACCAUCAACUUCACCCAAUAAAAUACAAAACAUCAAGGAUGUAAAUAAAAAUCAAGCUGUGACUGGUUGAAUUGAUUCUCUCCAGUUCUUCGGGUUAAUAAUUACGUGUUCUUACUGCGUAGCAUUUACUUUGAGAUUAAUAUAUUAAAGAACGAGUUUGUCUUAAGUGUCAGGACGGGCUUAAGUGCAGUUCGUCGAAAAACAAUUGGUCGAUUGAUACUUUAUGCAGCAGUAAAUUGUAGACCAAUUAACAUUCGAUGAAUUAUACCAGAUCCGUCGGGGUGUUACGCACCGGCUAGUACAUAAUGUAUUUCACUAGAAUUUAGGAAAUUUAAUGUAAAUAUACCAUGUCGGUGGCACGAGAAAUUUCGAAAGGUAUCCGGAGAGAAAAGUCCCAAAAAAAUUACUGUGUUGGGCACUAGAAUAUUCACGAAUAACAACUACUGUCAAUAUCAAAAAUUUUGUAAUACAUUUUGUAAUUAAUGAUCUGCGGGUUCCUUCAAUUUACGAAACAGUAAUUUUUAUCGGAAUCACACUAUAAAAAUUCACAGAUUUUUCUCUCCGCGGAAGACUCAAAGAAAAGAAGGAAUUUUCCUCUCAUGACGACCCGAAUUUUAUAUUUCAAUGAAGUCCCGACCCGAGCCCUUCGUUUUCUAAUUCCCAUCAGUUGUUUUCUCCCAAACUAAUUCCUGCAUCCUUACCAUACGUAACUGUACAGCAUAAACAUAGCAUAGCAUUGUUUAUACACGAAUUUUUGUACAUAGUAAUAAUGAAUAAAUAAAGUCUUUGUCACACCA